AUGAAACGUAGUCACCAUGUCCGAGUCCGUGAUGAACGUAGUCCGAGCCCAAGAAGCCUGGGAUGGCCACCCAUCUCCAUCGGCCGGGGGAGAAUCUUGCUGACCUUAAACCAGUCGAGAUCUGUAGUCGUCGUCCCGUUCCUGACGUUUACCGUCUGGGUGUGCGCCGUCGAGUCGACGAUCCUGCUGGCGGAGAAGGUCUUCAUGGGCUCCGUGAGCUUGCUGGAAAAGAUUCUCCGCCGGCGAUCAGGCAGGAUCUACCCAUGUGCGCCAUUGGUCGAAGAUGAGGAGCUCGGCACCGCCGCCUACCCCAUGGUCAUCGUUCAGAUACCCAUGUACAACGAGAAGGAGGUUGCCCUCCCUCUCUCUCUCUCUCUCUCUCUCUCUCUCGCUUUCACUCUCCCUCUCUCUCGCUAAUAUCGGAAGCAUGAACAGGUUUACCAUUUGUCGAUUGGAGCUGCAUGCAGCCUGCAAUGGCCGGCGGACAGGCUCGUCGUCCAGGUCCUCGACGACUCGACGUAACCCCUGAUCAAGGUCGAUCUCCGGGUGCUCCCGCCGUCAGAGCCGAAGCUCGCCCUGACAGCGCCUUCUUCUCCUCCGGCGUCUUGCAGGAUCUCGUGCAGAAGUGCCAGAAGUGGUUGGCGAAAGGGGUCGACUUGACGUACGAGACGCGGGGAGACCGAAGAGGGUACAAGGCGGGGGCGCUGGAGGGGAUGAAGCUUAGUUACUUCAAAGAGUGCGACUACGUGGCCAUCUUCGACGCUGACUUCCAGCCCGAGUCUGAUUUCCUGAUCCGGACGGUUCCCUUGUUCGCCCUCGUCCAGGCCCGUUGGAAAUUCGGUAAAUUACUGGGAUGAGGGAUCCAUAUUAGAAUUUGUUCGUCCAAUCAACCGACAAAGAGUUCAAACCAUGACAUAAUAUCUCUUGGAGUAAUUCCUUCUCAACUAUUCAAUGAAAUGACUAGUCUCUGAAAUAAUUCCAGUUUUUUCUUAAAAUUAAAGUCAAAAUUUGAAAUAUUCCGGUGGUUGAUUUCCUAUGCAGAUCAUCUGAUAUCAAUUAUUCUAAAUUAUUUCUUAUCACAAUUGGGUAUCUAUGCGUAUAGUAUAAUGCCGAACAUGGAAGCAUCUGUUAAUAAUAAUAUACAUAUUUAGAAAAAUAGUCUCAUAAACUCAUAGAGUAAGAUUGACGUGUCCCCUCUAUCUUUAAAAUAUGCAGCUAACCGCCAUUUGAAUCUUUGAUAAAUGAUAGUUUUAGCUAUAUAUAUUUUAAUUAAAGAAUGAAAAUGAUCUCUAUGCUGUGACUUUGCCUUUUUAGUAAAGGCUAACGAGUGUUUAAUGACGAGAAUGCAAGAGAUGUCAAUGGACUACCACUUCAAGGUUGAGCAAGAGUCUGGCUCAUCUGCAUAUGCAUUUUUCGGUUUCAAUGGUAAGAAAAUAGAACUCCAGAAAAAUUAUCAGAACUGUUAUCCAUGCCUGUGAUCAUCCAAAAAUUUCUGAAUUAAAUUCAUUUAUACGAGAUUUUCAUUUACAUAAUUCUAUUGUAUAGGAACUGCAGGGGUUUGGAGAACCCAUGCCAUUAAUGAGGCUGGAGGAUGGAAAGAUAGAACAACUGUUGAGGACAUGGACUUAGCUAUUAGAGCGACACUUCUAGGUUGGAAGUUCAUAUAUCUAGGGGAUGUCAAGGUACCAAGUUUCUAUUAAAUUUCUACAAAUAAAUCAUCUUCAUCCAAACUAAUGUAUUGUUUUCUACUAAUUAGGUCAAAAGUGAGUACCAAGCACCUUCAAGGCCUAUCGCAACCAACAACAUCGGUGGUCGUGUGAACCUGAAACUUUAGUGUGGAAAAUUGCAAUGGAGAUAGUAAAUAAUAAGGUUUCUUUCCCACAAGAGGUUUUUAUAUGAAGUAUACAUUAAUUAGCAUCAGAUAAGGGAGUACUAGAGGCAAAGGAUGAAGGAAUCUCAUCAAUAGAGUCAUAUAAUUUAUUCAUUGUUUGAAUGUGGGAUAGUUCUAACAUUACCUUUCAUGUAUAACUUAAAAUUUUGGCUUUGCUCCAUGGACAAAAGAAUAUAGCCUUAAAUUAAUAAACGAUUAUGCCAUGUAAAUUACAAUAAGUAGAGGAUCCUCAAAAAACUAGUAUCUUAUUUAUUAUUUUGAAUAAGGCAUGGUUCUAACAUAAGUUUCUAACACAAUAUAUCGUCAUCUUGCAAAAAGUCUCAUUAUGGAGGAAAUUUUAUCUCAUGUACAAUUUCUUCCUUGUUCGAAGGAUCAUAUUUCAUUUGGUGACCUUCUGCUACUCUAGUAUUGUAAUCCCAACAUUACCCUUCUUCCCAGAAGUCCAAAUUCCAUUUUGGUCAAUUGGCUACAUCCCUAUCAUGAUAACACUUCUAAAUUGUGUUGGGACCCCAAGGUUUAAGAUUAAUCUUGAUGAAAUUUUAUUUAAGCUCUAUAUUCCUUAUGAUGAUUCUGAUCUUUGAAAUUUGUAGAAGUUCUAAAUAUCUUUUUCUUUUACACACAUUUUUUGUUCUAUUUAAAAUAUAACAUAGUCAUAGUUUUACAUGGUAUCCCUUCUGUAAAUUUUUGCGCCCUUUCAUUUUUACCGUAUAAAAUUUAGAAAAAAAUUAUUUGAUCUCUUAUUUAUACCUACUAUGUUAAGAAUACCAAAUAUCCAUAUAAGCAUGAUAUUUGAUAUGAUAAUCUUUAAUAGUAUUAGUUUAUAUAUAUAUUCACACUUUUCAAUACUUAUCAUGAUAAAUCUCUAUAAACAUUGUGUUUAAUCUUUGUAACAAUUUAGUCUUAUCCAAAACAUGAUAUAUUCAUGUUUCUAUGAUGUCUACUUUGAUAGGCAAAUAAAGCUAAUGAACAAUAUUUAUAUGAUUUACCUUUGAGUGAACAUUUAUACCUUCUAUAACAAGAUUAAGAAAUCAUUUUCACACGAUUUUAAUUAUUGAAUCAAGUAAAUCGUUUAUUGUAAACUUCAUUUGCUUUAUUUGUCUAUCAUCAAGGUUAUGAGGUUUUAGCAUUUUUAUGACUUUUGGCACUCAAGUCCUAAUGAGUUGCAUUUUAUUGUAGAUCUAUCCAUCUUGUGGUCUUAUCGUUCUUAUUUGAGAAUGUUAUGUCACUCCACCCUUCCAAGGUAGUAAUCAUUGGUCUAUUGGAGGUUGGUAGAGUAAAUGAGUGGGUUGUUACCAAAAAGUUGGGUCCCAACCCUAACAUGAGCCAGACUGGUGGCUGCAAGUUCUCAUGGAAUGCUAUUGCAAAGUAUUUUACACGGUAUUUGUCUCCUAAUAUAUAUUUUACCAGCAAACAUUUCACAUACUUUCAUCUAUUCAUAGUGUAUGUGUUUAAUUUCAUAGGCCCUUUAAACUAUGUCCAUAAAGAAUUUUUUUUUGAGUGAUAAUUACUUGGGGUGCUGAUAGGCCCAGCUAGGUCUUUUAGAUAGUCUAGUCUGAAGUUUCUAUUUUAGGCUUGACAUAAGACCAAGGCAAGAUAAUCUAGCUAGUCUAGGUCGAGCUCUCGACUUAUUAUUUAAGCAUGAAGAAAUACAACUCAUAUUUUAGGUAAAUGACUUCAUCACUUUUCACAUCUUAAGGUGAUUAAUAAUUAAUUUCUUUGUGAAUUGCUAGGUUCCAUCUUCUUGAGCUGGGUGUGGGGAUUUACCUUGUGGUAUGCACUUCCUACAACUAUGCCCACCAUAAGAACUACUACUUCAUCUUUAUCUAUCUACAGUCUCUUGCAUUUAUCAUUGUUGGUGUUGGGUAUGUGGGCAUAUUCAUCCCCAAUUCCAAAUAG